CUGAGAAACUGACUGAAAACACAAGUGAUCUCAAUCUCAAAGUCUUUGAAGACAUUAAACAAAGAAUUGAAGCUAAUUUGGGGAAUGGCAGAACAAAUAUUGGUGGAAGAAUGGGCAGGUUCUUCCUCAUCAAAGCUCUCUAUUACUGCCACUAUUUCUUCCACCCCAAAUAUCUCUAUUCGAAGAUUUGACAGCCGUUUUAAGUUGGUUAGAAGACAAAUUCUCAGUGCCUUUGUUCCUGAGGGGUUUCCUAGUAGUGUAACCCCAGAUUAUGUACCUUUUCAAAUAUGGGAUUCAUUGCAGGGCCUGUCGACAUAUAUACGGAUGAUGCUUUCAACACAAGCUCUUUUGAGUGCUAUUGGAGUUGGCGAGAAAUCUGCCACAGUAAUUGGGGCUACUUUUCAGUGGUUUUUGAGGGAUCUAACAGGAAUGCUUGGAGGCAUUUUGUUCACAUUUUAUCAGGGGUCGAAUUUGGAUAGCAAUGCAAAAAUGUGGCGUUUGGUUGCAGAUCUGAUGAACGACCUCGGAAUGCUGAUGGAUCUUAUUUCUCCCUUAUUUCCCUCGGCAUUUGUGUUUAUUCUUUGCUUGGGAAGUCUGUCACGGUCAUUCACUGGUGUUGCUAGUGGAGCUACUAGAGCUGCUUUGACUCAGCAUUUUGCACUCCAAGAUAAUGCAGCAGAUAUAUCCGCAAAGGAAGGAAGUCAAGAGACAGUAGCAACAAUGGCUGGAAUGGCAUUGGGAAUGUUUCUUGCUCAUGUUACUAGAGGACACUCUAUGGCAAUUUGGUUCUCCUUCUUGUGUUUAACUAUGGUUCAUAUUUAUGCAAACUAUAAGGCUGUCCGCUGUCUUUCACUGAAGGCAUUAAAUGGAGAAAGGAGCUCUCUUCUUCUGCAGCAUUUCAUGAAGACUGGACAAGUGCUUUCUCCUGAAAAGGUCUCAAUGGAAGAGCAUGUUUUACCUUUGUGGUUGAAUCCAUGGAGUUCUAAAAAGUUCAAAUGUUUGCACAGUCGUAUAAACUUAGGCGUGAAGGUCUCUUCUCUCAAUCAUGCAGCAAUGACGGACCUUUUCUUCUGUGCAGGAUCUUAUUAUAAGAAAGCAAAGUAUUUGCUGCUGGAGAAAAAUGGGAUGAUCAGCAUCAUUAUACAUAAAGACUCAACACCAGUAGACAUCUUGCAGUCCUACAUACAUGCACUUGUAAUGGCAAAUCUUUCAAAUAAAAGUAAAUCAGGGCAUGUUGAAAGUUUUUCAUGGAUGGACAAAUGCUACGAGGAUUUCAUUAAAAAGCUUCAGUCAUCAGGUUGGAAGACAGAAAGACUAUUAUCGCAUUCUGUUGUUUGGAGAGCAAGUUGGUUUAUUGGUCAGUCAGAUGAGAAGAUCGACUAGCUAGCAACCUCACCCUCAAAUCCUCCAGACAGUUUCCGGGAAAGAGAAGCUAUCACCAACACCAUCUUCUUUUCUCCACAAAACAACAGACAGUGUCAAGUCUGUCAACCUAUAUUCAAACUUGAUGUUUUGGUCAAGGAAUGAAUUUUGUACAACCCUCCAUAUUUUCCCUAUUUUAAGUGUAUACCAGAAUAGCCGAGUAGUAUGUAUAGCAAUUUAUCAUAUACAUAACUUAUGUAAAACUACAAACAAUGUGGGUUCUAAUACUAUAUCCAGUGAUAGGCCAAUGUGAACUCCUUUUUUAGGAGAUGCGCUAAAUGCAUGGCAGCAACAAGAUGGGUUGAGUACCGCUGAUUGUACAACGGAUGCGCGCAAGACCUGUUGAUAUUUUUAUUGCUUUUGCUUAGUUAAAACAUUUAAGCUUUCUUAUAUUUAAAUCUUCAUUUUUAUUAGUAUUAAGUUAUACUGUUGGAUUCAAGUGAUUCAACCAUAUUUUCUAAGUAGAAUAUUUGUAUAACUCUCUUUGUUUUAAUCUAUUUAAUUUGUUGUUA